AUGGCGAUGAUGGCUGGCCGUGUGCUGCUGGUGUGUGCCCUCUGCGUGCUGUGGUGUGGUGCUGCGGUGGUGGCGUCGUCGUUGCCUGGUGCUACCACUGUCCAAAGUGCUUGGUCGGAGUAUAUGUUCCUAAAUUGGCAUGAACUGCUAAAGAACGAGUGCAAGGCGGAAAAUGCUACAGAAACGAAUUUUGAUGAGUCAGCUGUGAAGUGUUGUGUUCAUAAUGCGAUGAGGGAGCUUUGCUACGAUGUUUACGGUAAGACUGUCAUGGAAAAUAAAGACGCUAAUGUUGGGGUUAUUUGCAAAGAGUAUGCUGGAGAACCAAAUCAUGCUGGUGAAUGCCCAAAACAGCAACAGAACCCGUUGCCUGAUGCGGAAGCUACAGUGGGACUAUCAGUUCCAGAAGUACCGGGAAAGGAAAGAAGUUUGAGAGCACCAGCGGCAGCACCACCGGGAGCAUCAACGGCAAAACCAACAGAUCCACCACCAUCACUGCCUGUGGAAGGACAACAUGACGGUGCAGAUGACAUGCCGGGGCCAAAUUCAGAAGAAACCUCAGAGAGCAUGAAGACAACCAAAGAUUUGGCAGAAGAGGACAUUGUCACCACCGCAGACACCAAACAAAAUGAAGCAUCUAACGGUCAGACCGAAGCAACCACAAAAACACCUCCGCAAGCCAGCGAUGAUGAUGAUAACGAAACGGACAAGGGCACUGGAGAAGAUACUCCGAACAAUGCACCGGAGUCCGAUGUUUCCGAGACAGAGGAAAACCACGAUGAAAACAAAGGCAAUAAUUCGAAGGAAACACCGGUCCAAGUUGCGGGUAUAAAAACUGUCACGGCGAAGCCUGACGACAGUGACGGCAGCACCGCGGUCUCCCACACCACCUCCCCUCUUUCGCUUCUUCUUCUUGUUGUUGCGUGUGCGGCUGCUGCUGCGGUGGUGGCCGCGUGA